ACGCCGAGUUGUUAAUGACAAUUACAAUUACAAUUUAAUGAAGCUUGUCAGAUAAAUUAACGUUUAAUAAAAAAUUUUGUAGAGCAAACGGCAUUUGCACCGAAUGUGCCUAUAAAAACCAUGUGUGAUACCUUCGAGGUACAUAACAAACCACACAAUCGUUCAACCAGCAGCAACCAACCAAGCACGAACAUGGGUGAACUUAUUGCUUUUUGCGUAUUUAUUGCCAUUACCACAGCAGCGCCACAGCAGGGAUACCAGUAUGCCCCCCAAAUGGCUAUUAGUGGAGAGUUGACGCGUACGGUGCCGCAGCCACAUGUCCAGUAUAGUGUUAUGUCACCGGAAACUGCUCAAUUUCUGAAGGAUAUGCAAACCGUCAUGGCCGUGCAAUCAGCCAAUUUGGCACCGAACUUGGAGCUCAACUCCCAGCCGCAAUUAGUUGGUUUCAAUGGCGAGCAAUAUGCUGCGAUCAAUGGCGCUAGUGCCGCUGCUUCCGCGCAGGCUUCUGUUGGUCAAUCGCACGCUUCUGUGGCGCAACCGCAAGCCCGCUACUUGGUACCCACUUUAGCAGGUGGAAACUCUGUGCAGCAGCUGCAGUCCCAACAAUUGAUUUCACAUCAGUACGCUCAGCAACAGCAAAUCCCACAACAGUUGCAAUUGCAACAACAACCACUAUCGGUGCCACAGCAAUCAAGCCAAUAUACACAGCAACAACAGCAAACCGUCGAACCUGAGACAGUUAUCUCGAAACGCUUCUAUCUGCAUGCUGCACCUGAAGACGAUGAUGAGGAAGUGAAACAGCAUCAUGUGACCGUUGGUAAACCACGUAAAAACUAUAAUGUUGUCUUCAUCAAAUCGUCCGACAAGUCCAGAUCGAAGGCGUCGUUUAAAAUCACGCCCGCCGUUAAUGAAGAGAAGACCAUCAUCUAUGUGCUGAACAAGAAACAAGAUGCGGCCGACAUUGAUACACAGGUGUAUGAGCCGGUCACCACCACGGCCAAGCCCGAGGUAUAUUUCAUUAAGUAUAAGACAGCCGAAGAGGCGGCACAUGUCCAACAAACUAUUCAAACACAAUACGACGCCUUGGGUGGUUCGACUCAAGUCACUAAUGAAGGUGUCGCUCCGGUCAGCUCCGUCAUUGGAUCUCUAGAUGCUGCUAAGCAAGCAGAAGCCGAGGCCGCCGUUGGCUCUGAAGUAGUCCAAUCUGCGCCUAACGCUGAAGCUGUGGUGCCAGCUGCUGGCGCACAGUCAUUAAGUGCACAGCCAGAGGAGCAAUUGCAAAUCGUUGAGCAACCGCUCUCACAAGGUUCCAACACCAACAAAGGUUAUUUGCCACCAUCCAGAUAUUAUUUCCGUCAAUGAAAACGCUCAUUGUUUCGUUCAUCGACGUUUAUGCUCGUAUUGUUGCCAUGUGAAUACUAUCGUCGCGAUAGUUUCAUCCGAAUAUUUGAUAUAUUGUUUUUGUUAUAUGACCUUGUUGUUGUUGUUGUUCUUAUAAAGCCAUGCUCUGCGGCUUAAAUUAAGUUUGUUAAAUAUAUUGUAC